AUGACCACAUCGGACAAAAAGGCCAUGAAUAUUUCUGGCAGAUUUCUCCGGCUCAUAGGUGAGCUUGAUUGUGACGUUUCCUUUGGGGGCACUCAUUUCAAGGGAACAUACUACAUUACCAAUCGUCGAAAGUUUGACUUAAUUGGCCUUGAUUGGAUCGAGAAACUCGGUCUCCUAGACUUGCCUUUUAACCGCUUUUGCAAUGACGUGCAGUCAACUUGGCCCAGUCCCGCCAAAUCAAAUCAGCUGACAACAAAUCUGAUGUCAACGCACCCACUUCCUGCUAAGGUGCCUAAGAAAAAGAAGGAGGAGGAACGAGGAGAGAAAGUGCCAGCGGCUUCCGAGCCCCAUUAA